AUGUUAUUAUAUGUGGUGUUAUUUUAUAUUUAUGACUUUACUGGAUGUUCUAACAAGGCUACUCCCGUCGAAGAGUUAAUGCGCCAAGUCGAUAAGAAAGUAUCCUCCCAGCGUCCGGAACCAGAGGUCUAUGCAGCGAUGGCCGAAUCAUUAGGAACUGCGUGGCAGAGCAUAAAUAAUCACCUAGAACACAGAAAACAAAUAUUAGACCUGAGUGUAACCUUUCAAACAAAUUAACAAUGUCUCCAACGUAUGGAAGCCCUUAAUAUUAUUUGUCGCGAUGAGGAACUUCCCAUUCAAAUUGAUGCAGUUAAACAAGCUCUCACUGAAAUACACGAUUUGAGAAGAUCGGUUUUGGAAUCUGUUAUGGCUGCUCUACAAGAGGGAGGCCAUUUACUAGACCAUUUAAAAGAUUUAAAUAAUAUAGGUACCUUAGAUUCUAGGCCAGGACAAAUUAAACCGUCAGUUGGAUCUGCUAUCAAACAAGUUGAAAGCUGGUUGGAAGCGAUGCACGAUAGGAGGAAAAUUUUGGAAAUUUCAUGGCAAAAUAGAAAAAAUCGGUUGGAGCAAUGUUUGGCUUUGGCUAUGUUGGCGAGAGACUUACAUGAAUUGGAAGAUGCUAUAAGGGAACAUAAAGAACGAAUUGGAUCUGAUAUUUAUCUGGGUGAAUCCGAGUAUGAAACGUCAAUGUUGAUAGUGGAUAUUAACAAUUUUUUGAAGGAAGUUAAAGAAUUACAAGAGCGUGCGAUUAAAAUAACCAGGGCUACCGAACAGUUGGUAAAAUCUGGCUGUUUUGCAGGACGCGAAGCCAGUGAUAAAGCUUAUAGUGUUUUGGGAGGAUGUUCAGAUUUCUUAAACGACUUGGAAAGCAGGGAAACAUUAUUGACACGAGCGCAAGCAUUUUACGAAAAUGGACGACAAGUUUUAAAUCGUCUUGAUGAUUUCGAACGCGAAGUACGACAAAACGACCUGGUAGGAAUGUUGCCUCGUCUCACUCCGGUCACUAUAACAAAUGCUGUUGAUGAAAUUACGCAGGACGUAAUUCGAGAAGGAAGAGAUUUGUUAACAGAAUGUGGUGUCAACAAUCCGGGAUCACAAGGUGUCAGAAAUUUAUUAGAAGAGAUCGAGAACAGAGCGAUAGAAUUGAGGAGAAAGUGCGAUGAGAUGCGAAGGACGGACAGAAAAAUCGGCGAGGCGUUGUUUGCGUUCCAGGAAAAACAAGAUGAACUUUCAUCCUGGCUUAGAACGAUAUCUGAAAUCUCUUUGAAGGAACGCAGGGACAUGGGACAUGAUCUGCCCACAGCCAAAGACUUCUAUAGCUUCCAUCAUGAAUUAUUGAAGAAUCUAGAGAUAAAGGGUAACGAGAUCAACGCCCUCCUAUUGACAUUACCACCAAUUUUGGAAUAUCUGGACGACGAGCAACGGAGAGAAGUCGAUCGAAAGGUGGAAAGUUUGCACGAGAAUUGGACUACUCUUAAAGCUUUGGUCGAAUUGCGCCUGGAUCUCUCUUCAGUAUUCGUACAAUUUCUAACUGACGCAGAUAAGCUUAGCGCAGAAUUCGAUACAUUGGAUCAACUGUUGGUCCGAUCUUCGGCGCAUUCGAUGGAGGAUAAGAUUAGGCUUAUGGACGUACAGUGGAAUGUUAUUAAACCCAUGUAUGAUCAGCUUAAAAACAGUGGAACUGGAUUUAAAAGAUCUGCAGAGCAGCGAGCCGUCAGCGACCGCCAUUUGGCGAUAGGCACUGCCUGUUCGCUUAUCGACGAAAUUCUGAACGGUUUCUCCGGAAGAGAGUUCAGGCUUAUCGAGCAGCAGGAGACCUGGCGCACGCAAAUCACCACCGUCCGACAGGUGUACGAGGAGUGGAGGAGCGCCAUGGAGCAGACGAGACAGGUUAUUAAUUGGAUUUCAAAAUUAGAUAGCAACAUAUAUCCAGUCCUUACAUCCCCUACAUCAAAUGCUAGUGAAUUAGUUGCUUUUGCUGAAAGUACCUUGCAAAGGGUUACAAACGAAAUAGUACAAGCUCAGAAUGAUAUACAAACUAAACUUCGUUUAACAGAAGAUUUAGUCGCUCAAGAUACAUCUCUGCUCGAUGAAACGCAGCCAGUGAAGAACAAUCUUCAGGAAUUGCAACAAAAAUUAAACACUACGAGUACUGAAUACAAACUAUUAGUCCAGUCUAUCAUAUCCUUCUUGCGAAAUGUUGCAGAAUUGGAUAAAUCUAUUGAAAAUAUUCAGAGCAAACAUAGAUUACCGGUGGAUUUACAAACUGACCUCGAAAAUUUCGCCAAAGAUCACGAAGCCUCCAAGAAAAUAAUCAUGGAAAUGUUUAAGUUAAUUGUGAAUGAAAGUGAUGAAGUAAUAAAUAAAAUUAGGCAACAGGAACCAAAACUUGCAGCUCAACACGACAUUGAGAAGAUAUUGACGAUGCUUGAACAUAGGAAAUCAUGUUUUGAAGCCUCUUGGAAUGCAACUAAAUUGGCUCUCGAUGAAUCAAUGAAAACUGGACAAUUUGAUGCAGAUUUGAAAGACAUCAAUAGUACGUUGGACGAUCUGGUCAGGCAACUAGCGUCAGUUCGAGGACAAUACGGCGAGACUUUGGCCACAGCGAAAGCAUCAUCACUGGCGUUUGAAUAUUUCGAACGAACGAUCGAGCUACUGCAAAAUAGAAUUGAUGGAUUCGUUUCAUCCUCAAAUGAAAUAUUUUCGGACCAAACAAAAGAUUACCCACGUAUAAAACGUGAUUUGGAUGCUCUAAGUAGCCGUUGGAAUGGUUUUCGACAUGAAGUUUCUGAAGUCAGAAGGCUCAUUGAUUUGAGUAUGCAAUACUUCAAAUUGGUAGAUGAGACCGACGAUUGGUUUGGAGAAGGAAACAAACUAUUAUUAACUGUAGCUAGUAAAAUUGCAACAAUAAAGACUGAAGACGAUGCUAAUAAAUUAUUAUCUGAAAUGGAACACUUUAUAAGUUCUGGCGAGUAUAAACAAAACGAACGUCUUAACAAAAUGUCUGCACUUGCAAGAGAUUUAUAUGAUGAUAGCAGAUAUUCACAUCUCAAUAAGAUUCAAAAUUCCAAUCGCGACAUGAUGACUUCUUUCGAAACCAUGAGAGACAAUUUAAGAACAGCAAUAGAUAAUUUGAAAGCAGCUGCUAUAGAACGUGAUGAAGUUGAUAGAAGUUUGGCUGAAAAAGCUAAAUUGGAAGCGGAGUUACUAGCGCAAUCGGAGAUGAUUCAACAAAUAACAGUAAAAACAACAACAUCUGAAUCGCAAACUGUUGAUUUAGGUAAAGCGCCAGAGUUUACUGUAUUGCUUACGGAUGCAGUAGUUCCUGAGGGUAGUAAAUUUACAUUUGAAUGCCAAGUUGUUGGAGAUCCUGAACCUGACGUAACAUGGUAUAAAGAUGGUAUGAGUAUACAAAAUAAUCCUGACUAUAAAACAGUGUUUGAGAACGGAAAGUGUAGUCUAACAAUAGAAGAAACGUUUACAGAAGACUCUGCUAAAUUCAGAUGUAAAGCAAUUAAUAAUUAUGGUUCUGCAGACACAUGUGCAACGUUAUCGGUUCGAGAAACUGAUGUCAAUACUCUCUUGCAACCACCUCAGUUUGUAGAAUUAUUGAAACCAGGUAAAGCCAUGGAAGGUAAAAGCUUUCAGUUUGAAUGCAAAGUGAUAGGAAAUCCGUUACCUACAGUGCAGUGGUAUAAAAACGAUGUGUGUAUAGACAAUUCUAAAGAUUAUGGAAUUACAUAUAAUAAUGGAGAGGCCGUUUUGCGAUUUGAAGAAGUAUUUCUUGAAGAUCAUGCUUUGUAUAUGUGCAAAGCCACAAAUGAUGCUGGUAUUGAUCAAUGUCAAGCAUAUCUGAUGGUUGAACCUCUUGAACCAACUGAAAAACCAGUGUUUGUAAUACCACUAUCUAACACAAUGGCAAGAGCCGGCCAAAAAGUGAAAUUGGAAUGCCAAGUAUCAGGUAUACCAGAACCCCAAAUUCAAUGGACUCAUAAUGGAAAACCAUUCAUGGAAACCUCUGACUCAAAGUUGCAUCGGGACGGUCAACGUGCGACGCUCAUAAUAAACGAAGCGUUCCCAAAAGACGCUGGACUGUACGCAGCGACCGCUCGAAACAUCGCCGGAACGGUGACCAGUUCAUGCAACGUCUCAGUGAAGGGUCUUCUGCCCAACGAAACUUCAGAUUCCGAACAGCCGAGCGACAUGGAGCCCAUCAAGCCAUCCGUGCAGAUGCCACUUCAGGAUCGAUCAGCGUUCGAACGCGAUUCCGUCAGAUUCGACUGCAUUAUUGUUGGCCAGCCCGAACCUGAAGUUAUCUGGUAUCACAACGAUAGACCUGUGAAAGAAUCUUCUGAAUUCCAACUCCUGUUUCAAGGAGAUAGGUGUUCGUUAAUCAUUCGAGAAGUGUUCUCUGAAGAUGCUGGAGUUUAUAAAGUGGUUGCGAUCAAUUCCGCAGGCGAAGCGUCCAGUACUUGUAUCCUUAAAGUCAAUAAACCCCAAGAAGUAACACCGCCCGAGAAAGUUUUACCGACUGGGUUUGCGCCUAAAUUUACAAGGUUGUUGACGGACGUUUUAGUUCCCGAAAACGAGAAAGUUUUAUUAGAGUGUGAAGUGACUGGUGAUCCGAAACCUUAUGUUAAAUGGUAUCAUAAUACUCGAGAAUUAAUAUCAAAUGAACGGUAUGAUAUCUGCUUAAAAGACGACGGUGUAGUUAGUUUAACAAUUCUGCAAGUACAUCCCGAUGAUAAAGGUUUAUAUACCGUGAAAGCAUUUAAUACAAACGGAGACGCUAAAUGCUUCGCCAAUUUGAUAGUAAAAUCAGUAAACGUAGGAGAUAGUCAAAAACCCGUGCAGAUUCAGGCAGAGUUUGGUUACAUUGCACCUCAAUUCAAAGAAUUAUUCUCCGAUUGCAAAGUUCCGGAUGGAUGUCCGGCGAAAUUUGAGUGUAUCGUAACAGGUAAACCUACACCAAAGAUUAAAUGGCUUUUUAAUAAUUCUCCAGUGACAGGCAAAGACUUUUUGGUAUCGACUUGCGGAGAUCGACAAAUUUUAACAAUACCAGCAGUAACUGAAAAUUUAAAAGGUAAUAUUUCUUGUGUAGCUGAAAACGAAGUUGGGAGAACUACGUGCGUAGCCGCUUUGAGCGUAGAUUCCUCGCAAACACAUCAUGAAUUAGUAAUGCCCAUUAUCGAACAAAAUUCUAAUGAUACAAAAUCCAUUUACAUGAAACAGGAAAUUAUUACCCAAUCUAGUUCGCACUCUAGCACUACUUAUGGCAGUGGAGAACCCAAGCAUGUAGUUCAUCAAGUAACUAGUCAAUCUCACAGUACAGAGAAACAGAUUAACAAUGAACCACCAGUUGUAACUCAAACGCAGAAAAUUGAAGAAUAUCAUCAAACAGAUGAAGAACCAGCUUCAACACGCGAGGAAACACUAUCCAGUACUACUAUGGAUCAAAACACCAGCAUUACGGAAUCGGUAACGACAAAAAUUGAACCAGUGAAAAUAUUUCAUCAUGUACGAAAAUCAGUUUCACCUAGAUUUAUAUCUCCAUUGGUGGGGAGGAUUGUCGACAAGGGUUCAGAUAUUGUGCUGGAAGGUAUUGUAGAUGGAUACCCAACACCUGUGGUAAAGUGGACAAAGAAUGGGCAAGAUUUGUACGUGGGUGGAAAUGUAAUCAGUAUGACUUAUGAAUUUAACAAAGCUAGAAUAGAAUUGAAAAAUGUUGGAAUAGAAGACGCCGGUAGAUUCACGUGUACGGCAACUAAUAGUGCAGGCGUUGUUAGCAGCACAGCAGAUAUUGUUGUUAAGAAAUCCGUUUUUCCGCCUGUUUUCGGACGACGGCUACAAGCACAAGUUGUGAAGAAAGGUGAUAGGGUCAUUAUGGAAGUUGAAGUUUCUGGUACACCUGAACCAACUGUUACGUGGCAUAAAGAUGGUAAACCAAUUCAAGAAGCAAUGGCAAGUCCUUUUCGAUUAAAAACACAAGGGCUGUGUCAUCAAUUAAUCAUCGAUAAAGUAUCCAUGGAAGAUACAGGAAAAUAUAUGGUACGUGCCAUAAAUGCUGGAGGUGAAGCUCAAAGUAUAGCAGACUUUGCAGUAUUUGAACCUACUCCCGAUACUAUGGUUGAAGUUGUUAAGACUAUGGUGUAUGAAGAUUUACAAGAUCAAACCCAAAAAAAACCCAUGACAUCAUUAAUUCAACAACCCGUUACUUCGGAACCUAUGCAUCAGGAUUUGACUUCAAAUGUGAACUCACAAGUUACAACUCAAAUGACAUCACAAACAGAAUCAGUUUUAGUUACUGAAACUCGGCAAACAGAACAAAAAUUCAAAAUGGAACAUAAAACAUCUAUGUCCGUCGGAACAGAUUUUCCUACAAUAACUCAGCAAACACAAACUGCGCAUAUCUCAACCAUGGAUAAGAAAUCAGAGACUGAACCUAAAUUAUCUUUUGGCAUGAACACUGAAACUACAGUGAGCUCUGAUAAGUCUACUGUCACCGAUAUACAACCUUUUGCCAUUUGUCAAACAGAUGGGAUUGAAUCUGGAUCGAUUAGUAAAAAAUCUGCAUUAGAUUUUUUCGUUUCUAAAAUGCAAACGCCAGUUGAACAGUUUGUUAAACCUGAAGAACCAAAGGUUCCAAUUAUUCCUUAUGUUUCUUCUCCCAUAGAAGAGGUUACUUAUGGUCCUAAAAUUACUGAAUACUCAUCAGUAACUAAACAAGAAUAUUCCCAAUCAUUACUCGAAGAUUUUGGUUUAGAACCGGGACCACCACCAGAAAUUGGAUAUAUGCCCAAAACAGGUUCAGUGAAAAGAACUGAGGAUGUAGCACAAAAAAUUAAGAAAUUACAAGAAAUACAAAAGGAUGAUGUAGUACCUCCAACGGGCGGUAUAAAAUUAUUUUCAAUACCCCCAACUCCGAAAGAAGAAAUUAAAGAAUGUCCUUUAGAUGGUUUAAAAACUGAGUUUAAUUCACAAAUAUUUGAACAAACUUCCUAUGAAAAUAAAGUUAUAACAGAACCUGUUUAUCGCCCAUCAUCAGAUAUUGAAAUAAGACCUACAUCUCCAAGACCGUCAGCGGAGGCAAUUGACAUGCAGAAGCUUUGGAAUAGACCAAUCUCACCAAAAGAUAAAUCCAGCACGUACUGGUCUUCAGAUAAUGAAUACAGGUCCUUUUCUGAAAUGUCGCAAACUUCAGAUAAGGGAGUACCAUCUGCUGAUGGGGUUGCAAUGGAUAGGAUAUGGUCACACAAGAGGCCAGAUUCUUCACUUCCUAUUGUUUGGCCACCUAUGCAAGAAGAAGAACAAAAAGUGGAAACCAUUACCAGCUUGAAAAAAGAAGAAACUAAAACGUCCUCACAAUAUGAUGUUAUGUCAGUGCAUAAACAGUCAGAUUCGUCAUUUCCUGCAGUAUGGUCACCAAAACAAGCUCAAGAGAUGCCAAAACUGGAAACAGUAACUCAUAAAUCACAAGUAGAUGAUAAUGCAUCCAUCAAAUACAAUACACUUCCAAAAAUUCAACGACCUGAACAAAAAUUACAUUAUGUUGCACAUACAACUGUUUCAGAAAAGCAAAACAUUCCAGUUAUUGAUUCUACCAUAAUUUCUGAAGAAAUUAAAAAGGAAAGCAAAAUAUUUAAAGAGAUUAAAACCGAAGAAAAAUCUUGGCAACGUCAUGCCUUCAGAGAUGACUACGCUUUACAAUCUCCGCAAAUGGUACAGAAAUUAAUUUCAAAGACUAGAGAAGAUAUGAGCAUGUCCAGUGAAACUAAAGAUGAUAUAGGACUAAAACCAGGACCAGAACCUGAAAUGUGCUUUGCACCAAGAACUACUUUACAGAGAAGGCAAUCACAUGUAGAAACGAUCGAGCAAGAUUUAGAAAAAGCAUUGGACAAAAUUCCAUCCCGUGUGCUUCCAGGAGCUGUACGAACAAUUCCACCUCCAAAAACUGCCCCUCCCAUUCCGCCUAAAGAUCAAUAUACACCUGCACCUCCUCUUCCUGCCAAACCAACUGUGGAGUUGAGUGCAUUUAAGCCCUUCCCAGAAUUAGAACCCUUUCCAUUUAAACCAGAACCUGAAGUUCCGAAAAUGAAGUGUCCACCUCCAGCAACUCCGUCCAAAUUUAUUAAAGGAGAGUUUAUAGAAAGCGAUUAUGAAAGUGAGAUUGAAAACGCUAAAAUUAAAAGUAAAUGGACACCUGGCGAAGUAAAGGAAGAUAAUAUUAAAGGAUUUAGAAGAGUACAAGCACCAAGUCCAGCGCCAAAAAGACCACUUUCAACAGAACCGGUUAGCUUGCCGCCUAGUCAAUUUGAAAAACCAUUGGAAAUAGAAAAGUCUAUACUGAAAGUAGAUAAAGCUCAACAAGAAUCAUUUAUAAAAUCUACUACAUCUGAAAAACAUUCAAAAACUUCAGAAGUGUCACAGAUAAGUGAUAUUGUUUCAUCUGAACCUGUAUUAAUACCAGGUCCACCACCAGUUUUUGCACAAACAGAACCGAUUAAGAAAGUAAAAGUGGAAUCGCCAAAAACUAAGCCAAAGUUUCAACCUGAGAGUGGAUACAUGGCGGACACUGAAGAUACUUUAAGAAGAUUUUCUAAAAUGACAGAAUCUAAAUCAUAUCAGCAUGAAAGCACAAAUAUUUCUUAUGAAUCAACAGAAAGAAAAUCACCACCAAUUAAAGUUUAUCGUCAUCACGUUAGGGCUGACAAAACUUUUGUGCAGCCAGUAGUAGCAUCUGAAUCUAAGGAUGCGACAAUCAAAAAUAUUUCGAUGACGUCUCGCGAAAUUAAGAUCAGUGACAAGUUGGAACCUUUUCCUUACAAACCUGAUGCUCCUAAACCGAAAAGAGCAUCAUGCCCGCCACCGCCGAGUCCUUCCAAAUUCGUUAAAGGCGAAUUUCGCGAAAGUGACUAUGAAAGCGAUUAUGAUUCUCGAAUUCCAGCAAUGUGGCGACCAAUCGAGUCGGAUACGGAUGAAAAGACUUAUAGACCGGUGCGUGUAUCUCUAAGUGCCCCAAAAUCGGGCAGAUAUUCUCAAAAUUCCGACGGUCAGAAGUCACCAACACCUCCUACAGAAUUUGAUAAUCCUCCCGAGUUUACCGGACCACCCAGGCCUAAAUUCUCGCCAAUUGAAAAGCUAGAUACCAAAACAAAAACUUUUGAAAAUAAUAAAACGAUUACGAAACAACAAAUAUAUAAGCCAAAACCUGUAGCUGCAAAAGCUCUUGUUCAAGAUUACAUAAUUGCUACACCUGCUGUUAGAAAAGAAAUAAUUUUACAGCCAGGUCCACAGCCUGAAAUGGGAUACGUGCCGCCACCAAAACGUACACAGUAUUAUACUGGAAAAGCUGGUAUUCCGGUUGCAAAUGCUAUAGAGACAUCAAAAUCCAUGCAGUUUAAUGAAUGUACUGAGAGCAGCCAUCGAGUACUAAAUAUUAGUCAGACUACUCGAGUAAUAAAAUUCGGUGAAGAUACAAGACAAGAAACUAAAUUAGAACCUUUUCCUUACAAACCGGAAGCUGAAAAACCUAAGACUAGAUCUGCCCCGGGUUCAGUGCCAAAACCUAAGAAAUUUAUACCUGGUGAAUUCAGGGAAAGCGAUUACGAGAGCGAAGUGGAAUCGACAAGAAUCAAGGCAAAAUGGGCUCCUCCGGAUAGUGAUUCUGAAGAACCUUACUACCGUAAAGUUCGUGCACCUGUAUUUACUAGAUCAGCAAGUUUACCUAGAUCUUAUGGAAGAGUUAUGACCCCUAUGGAAUUUGACAAAGAACCGCCAGUUAUGCCGACAGAAAUUUCCAAAACGUUAGACAUACGAAAAUCUAUGCAAAUGAAACAAGAUAGUUAUAAAAAAGAAACUUUUACCAAUGUCGCGACAAGUUUAGCAAAUUCUCAUAUGACGGACAUGUCGGAAAUGUUUAGAAGUAAAGUGCACAGAUUUGCAGAUGAUGUUUUGACUGAUGUAAAGCAGCAGAGCAAGCAACAGAAACCUAUCUUGAAGACAUCGCAGCAGAAAUCGAAUGUAGAAGACGGCGGAAGCAAUGCGCAAGCUUACAGGGAGGAAUCACGUUUCGCUCAAUACGGAACUAAGCACAUAGAUCCAGACACUGGCUUGAUAUAUUUCAAAUACGAUUUUGGUUAUGAGUUCGGUAUUUUGUUCCCCGGCGAGGGAAAGAAAGUUUUGGCCGGUGGUGGUUCCUCUGCAAAGUCGUCCGGGCGCACCGGCGACAUAGAAGUUCCAAUCAUACACGAAAAGUCGAACGGUGUUCAGCAGGGUUUCAAUACCUUGCCAUUGUGUAAAAAGCCCCAAAGUACUCACAAAAACGUGAAAUGGGAAUCGGAGAGCGAGUGGUCGGAUGCGGAAGAAAUGAAACACCAAGGCUGGAGAUACGAUCAACCUACACCCAGUCCGAAAUCUUUAUCUCCCAGCAUACCGUCGCAGUCGCCACGAUAUUUCUAUCAACCUGAUGCUUCAGAUCGCAGCUGCAACAGCACUCCAGCCAGCUCAAGAGUAUACUCCACUGGACACAAUGGUGAAAUAGCUAAACCUCCUUUAUUUAUAACACCUCUCAAAGAUAUAGCAGCAGUUUCUGGUCAAUCAGCAAGGUUUGAGUGUAUUGUCCAAUCAGAACCAAGUCCGUCUAUUGUUUGGGCAAAAGAUGGACGAAUGUUGCAGCCAACACUGAAUCAUGAAACUUAUUUUAGAAAUGGUGUUUGCAGGCUGACUUUGCUAAAAGCAUAUCCAGAUGAUGCAGGAACGUACACAUGUACGGCCACAAAUUGCGCAGGUGCCGUUGGUUGUUCGGCGACUUUACAAGUACCAGAUUGUGCUAGAUACAAAUAUCGAAGCCUAGGAAGAUCAAGAAGCGUCGAUUCGGCAGGGAAGGAAUAUUAUUAUUUUGAUCAAGUUCAAGGAGGAAUGAUUGCUCAGGAUAUUUCUCAGCAAUUAGGCUCAAGCGGUAUGUCGCCACCAGUGUUUGAACAGAUUUUCAAGAACGCGCGCUUUGCACAAGGCGGAAAUGCCUUAUUCGAGGGACGAUUGCGUGGAAAUCCAAAACCUGUUGUGUCUUGGACACGCAAAGGCUUGCCCAUGGUCGAAUCCAGCAAGUAUCGCAUGAGCUACAACGAAAGCACAGGUGAUGUGUCGUUGCUCAUCAAUCAAAUCGGACCAGGUGAUGAAGGUGAAUAUACAUGCACUGCCCGAAACAACUACGGUGAAGCCAUAUGUUCAGUUUUCAUACAACCGGAAGGCGUUCCUAUGCCAAGCAUUCAAACAUCUUUGCAAAAAGAGCAAACUUUUCAGACUUCGCAAAAUAGAAUGGAUUCACAAUCAUACCGCUAUCAACAUAUGACGGAAAAUUCAUUCACAAAUGGUCAUACUCAGUACUCUCGGUAUGAAGAUUUUAAAGUAGACACAUUUGAAUAUAGAUUGUUACGUGAAACAUCAUUUAGAGAAUCCAUAACACGGCGCUAUUCUGGCGAAUCUGAUGCACAAUUGUGUGGUACAAUAGAUCGUACACUUGGACCGGCAGCACCUCCUCAAAUAUCGCAGAAACCUCGCAAUUCAAAACUCCAAGAAGGUUCUGAUGCUGUUUUUACUGCUAAGGUUGGUGCAAAUCCUAAACCUAGACUAACAUGGUUCCGCAAUGGACAAAGAAUUGUACAAUCUGAGAAAUGUGAAACUUCAUAUUCUAACAAUCAAGCUAGUCUCCGAGUACGCCAAAUAACAUCUGAAGAUUCAGGACAUUAUACUCUUUUGGCGGAAAAUCCUCAAGGAUGUGUUGUAUCUUCUGCUUUUCUUGCUGUUGAGCCUGUUCUCGAUGGCCAUGGCACCGAACAGAUGAUUAAGCCAUCUUAUCAUGAACCGGAGGAAACAGACGCUUCGGCUAAAGCUUUAGCCCCUAACUUUAUUCGGGUUUGUCAAGAUCGCGAAGCUACCGAAGGUAAAAUGACCAGAUUUGAUUGUCGUGUUACGGGCCGCCCCUAUCCUGAAGUCACUUGGUUUAUAAAUGAGCGUCAGGUGAACGAUGAUGCUACUCAUAAGAUUCUUGUCAAUGAGUCCGGAAAUCACGCUUUAAUGAUAACUAACGUACACCGUUCUGAUAGUGGAGUAGUAACAUGCGUAGCUAGAAAUAAAUGUGGAGAAACUUCAUUCCAAUGCCAGCUCCACGUUAUCGAGAAAGAACAAGUUAUCGCACCUAAAUUUGUGGAAAGAUUUAGUACAGUAAACGUAAAGGAAGGAGAACCUGUUAUACUAAAUGCUAGAGCUGUUGGAACACCAGUUCCUAGAAUAACAUGGCAAAAAGAUGGCGUACCUUUGAUGCAGAGUGCCGAUGUAAAGAUCACCACUGAUGGCGGUGCUUCGAAACUGGAUAUCUACAGAGCCAAGGCGUCGGAUGCGGCGUGGUACCAGUGCACCGCACAAAAUGUGGCUGGCUCUACGGCCACUCGUGCCCGACUUUAUGUUGAGACUGAGAAAGGUGUCACCCCAGAACCAUGGCGAUUGCAUUUACCAAGACCAACUAAAGUUAUCGAACCAGAACCUGUUCCUGGACCUGAAGUAAUAUAUUUAAGGCACGUCGAACGCGCAAAACCUCGUACUGCACCUGGUGAAGAAGACCGAGUUUAUCCACCGCCCCAAUUUAUUAUUCCAUUAAGGGACUUGUCGCAACUCGAAGGUGGUCGUGUACAUUUCGAAGCGCGAAUUGAACCUGUAGGAGAUCCAACAAUGUAUGUUGAAUUUUAUCUCAAUGGAAAACUCCUUGAAGCAAGUUCUCGAUCAACAACGACUUUCCGAUUUGGCUUUAUUGCUCUUGAUUUAAUUGGAAUAAUGGUUCAUGAUGCCGGUGAAUAUGUUUGCCGCGUUGUUAGCUCAACUGGCGUCGCUGAAUCGAGUGCUAUUCUUAAAGUUACUGCGAAGGCUUCUAUAGAACAAACUUCUCAACAUCCUUCUAGUCUUCAAUACAUCGAGCAACUUGAAGAUUACUCGCGUUAUCAACGAAGCGAGAGCACUGAAGAGACAUCUGCUCAACGCCCAGUCUUCAUCCGCCCGCUCCAAGAAUUAGGCGAAUUGCCAGAGGGUCGCAAUGCGCAUUUCGAAGCACAACUUACGCCUGUCAGCGAUCCAACGAUGAGAGUGGAGUGGUACAAGGAUGGAAAACCAAUUACGGCUAGUUCACGGAUAACAUCAAUCUUCAACUUCGGCUACGUCUCCCUUAACAUCAUGCACCUACGGGCCGAAGAUGCUGGUUCAUAUACAGUCCGAGCCGUCAAUCGUUUGGGUGAAGCUAUUAGUACGAGCACUUUGCGAGUACAGGUAAGAAGCACAGUCACAGGAGAUUUAGGUAUACCAGAGCAACAGCGCUAUAUCGAGAAAGUAGAAGAGUUAGAAGCAUAUCAAAAUUAUCAGCAAUCCAAGUAUGUCCAGGAGGUACAAGAAUGUACUGUACCUCCAGACUUUAAGAGUCCGAUUAAAGAUCAGCUAAAUAUUAGAGAAGGAGGGUUCGCGCAUUUUGAAGCUCGUUUAGAACCUGUAGGGGAUUCCAGUUUACGAGUAGAGUGGCUGAAAGAUGGCAAACCAGUUGAAGCAAGUUCCAGGAUUACUUCUUUCUUUAAUUUUGGCUAUGUAGCUUUGACAAUAAAAUACGUCACUGUCAGAGAUUUUGGAAAUUACACGUGUCGUGCUUAUAACGCAGCUGGCCAAGCAUUCACUUCCGCUAAUCUUACAGUACUUAGCAAAAAGGACAUUAUUCAAGACAGUCAACAUCCUGGAGGUCUUGAAAAAAUACAGCAAUUAGAAGAUUCGAGUAGAUAUAUGCGUACUAGUCAUGAAGAGCAAACAGUAACACAGAAACCGCGCUUCCUGGGGCCGCUAAAAGGUACAACAAAGAUAGUGGAGGGCCAAAGAGCCCAUUUCGAGGCCAGAGUAGAACCGCAGAAUGAUUUGACAAUGAAAAUUGAAUGGUAUCAUAAUGGCAAACCUUUGUCGACAGCUAAUAGAAUACAAACCUAUCAUGAUUUUGGAUAUGUAGCUCUAGAUAUCGAGUCCGUUAGAGCUGAAGACGCAGGUGGUUAUACAGUAGUUGCUCGCAAUGCUUUAGGAGAGGCACAACUUGCAAAUACGAUGACUGUAGAAACUCGUUCCAGUAUUGAUACAGCAAGCAUGCAUCGUGGAGCUUAUGAAAAAACAAGAAAAUUGGAGGAUUCUAAAUUUAUUGAACCGCAAUACCAAAUUGAAGAAAUUUCAAAAUCUAAGCCAGUAUUCGUGCAGCCUCUAUCUGAUCCAAAGCCUGUAAGUGAAGGUAAAAACAUACAUUUAGAGUGCCGUUUAGAGCCAAUGGGUGACCCAACUAUGAGAGUGGAAUGGUUCCAAAACGGUCGUCCAGUAACCGUUGGAUCUCGUUUUCGAACAUACUAUGAUUUUGGGUUUGUUGCAUUGGAUAUUAUUCAUGCAACUUCUAUCGAUUCUGGAGAAUACACCGUACGCGCUACCAACCAUCUUGGAAGCGCUCACACAUCUGCAUGCGUACGCGUUAUUGGACGUUCAGAUAUUGAUACUGAAACACAACACGAAAUGUCACUAGAACAAAUACAGAUGCUAGAGGAUGCUUCAAGACAACGACGUACUCUUCAAGAAGAUAUCACUGUUAUGCAAGCUCCACAUUUUACUCGUCCAUUACACAACAUCGAAACCAUUGAGGGCACCAAUGUUCACAUGGAAUGCAGGCUUCAACCUGUUGGAGAUCCCACCAUGAAAGUUGACUGGUUUGUAAAUGGACACCCUGUUAAAACAGGUCAUAGAUUCCGACCGGCUUACGACUUUGAUUAUGUUGCACUCGAUUUACUAAGUGUAUAUCCUGUGGAUUCAGGUGUAUACACCUGUCAAGCCAGAAAUCAAUUAGGCGAAGCUGUGACAUCUUGUUCAGUACGUGUUAUUGCCAAGAAAGAUUUAAUAACUGAAUCGCAACACCCAAGUGGUUUGGAGAAAAUUCAAUAUUUAGAAGAUUCUUCACGAUAUAAAAAAUCUGAGUACAUGGAUGAAUUAAUUACAGUAAAACCCCGUUUCGUAACAAAACCAAAGAAUUUGAAUAAUAUGCGUGAGGGUCAGCAUGCGCAUUUCGAAUGCAAGUUAGAACCUGUGACUGAUUCUAACUUAAAGGUUGAAUGGUACAAAAAUGGCCGUCCGGUAACAGUAGGUCACAGGUUUAGACCAAUACACGACUUUGGUUACGUUGCUUUAGAUAUUGUAGAUCUAAUUGCCGAAGAUUCGGGUACCUAUACUUGCCGAGCUGUUAACGCGAUCGGUUCAGAUGAAACAACUUGCACUUUGCAAUGUAGUGUAUCAGCCACUAUUCAAACUGGAACUCAAAAUGAAUCAGGAUUACAACAAAUUCAUUAUUUGGAAGAUAGAUCUAAAUAUCAAAGAUCCGAAGAAGUAGAAGAAGUCACAAAGCAGGUGCCAAUAUUUACAACAUCUCUCAAAAAUGUUGAAAUUAAGGAAGGACAAAGAGCCCACUUUGAGUGUCGAUUGAUACCUGUUUCAGAUCCAACUAUGAAGGUCGAGUGGUACCAUAACAAUAUUCCAGUUAAAUCAGGAUCUAGAUUUACUGAGACAAAUAAUUUUGGAUUUGUGGCAUUGGAUAUAAUGCAAUGUAUGGCUGAAGAUUCUGGUCAAUAUACAUGCAGGGCAAUUAAUGCAUUGGGUGAAGCCGUUACAUCCGCAGUAGCUAUAGUUCAUACUAGAAAAUCCAUUUACAUGGAAUCACAGCAUGAAGGCGCUUUGAAAACUAUUACUCAUCUUGAAGAUUCAUCCAGAUAUAAGAGACAAGGUAUUGAAGAAGAGAUUAUUACUCAAGCGCCAGUGUUUACAACACCAGUGCGAGAUUUGAAAGUUGCAGAAAAUCAAGCAGCUCACUUCGAGGCGCGCUUGAUUCCAGUAGGGGAUCCUAAGAUGCGUGUUGAAUGGUUGCGUAACGGUGUACCGAUCGAAGCAUCAAAUCGUAUGACAACUAUGCACGACUUUGGCUAUGUUGCUCUUAAUAUGAAGUACGUUAAUCCUGAAGAUUCUGGAACAUACACAUGCCGCGCUGUUAACGAGCUGGGGCAAGCUGUUACUUCAGCACAGCUAAUUGUUCAAUCCAAGGCUUCUCUACAAUUGGAAACUCAAAAUGAAGCGGCAUUACAGAAGAUCCAUCAACUGGAAGAUCAUACAAAAUAUACUAGGCGUGAAGAGGAAGAUAUUGUUGUUCGAGAUGCGCCUCGAUUUGUUGCACAGCUUAAUGGUCCAACAAGUCGGGUGGAGGGCCAGAGCGCUCACUAUGAAUGUAGAAUUGAACCAUACCCAGAUCCAAAUCUUAAAGUUGAAUGGUUCCAUAAUGGCAAACCUUUGCAAACUGGACAUAGAUUUAGAACAUCAUAUGACUUUGGAUUUGCAUCUCUAGAUGUUUUGACUGUGUAUGGUGAAGACUCUGGACAGUAUACCUGUAAGGCUACCAACAGGUUGGGAACUGCUCAAUCCUCCAUCAACUUGAGUGUUCAACCCAAAUCCUCUAUAAUUUAUGAUACACAACAUGAGGGUGCUUUACAGAAGAUACAAUAUCUUGAAGACGAUUCUCGUCAUAAGAGAAGUGCAACUGAAGAUCAAUUUAUAUCAGAGAAACCUCAAUUUGGUCGCCCACUACGCAACGUGGAAACUGUGGAAGCAGCAGCAGUUCAUUUAGAAGCUACUUUAACACCAGUUAACGAUCCGACUAUGAAAGUUGAAUUUUGCAAUGGACGACCCAUCAAACGUCAUAGGUUCAAAACAACUUAUGAUUUUGGCUUUGUUGCUCUUGAUAUUUUAUAUGCAUACCCCGAAGACUCAGGAACAUACAUGUGCAAAGCAAGAAAUGCAGCUGGGGAAGCAGUCACUACAAGCUCUGUUAAUAUCACAGCCAAACAAGGACUUUACUUGGACACAUUAGAUGAACAGCGCUUGAAGAAAAUAAAAGAUUUGGAAAAUUAUGAACGACCACAAAAGGCUGAAGUUGAACCAGAAGGCCAAAGACCAGUAUUUUUGACACCACUUGUCAGUUUAGAGAAUCUGAAGGAAGGUGAACACGCACAUCUUGAAUGUCGUGUGCAA